ACUAUUUAGCGCGCGUCAUCGAGAAUAUCGAUAUAUACAUAUGUCUGUACUUUCAUAUGUCAAUAGUGACGAUCUGAUAUUCGCUAAUUUACCAAGGAAAGAGUGAAAACGCCGUAUUUUCUCGAACGUGUUUCUCCAAUUUGAAAUGAGUCUGCUUUAUUGAUAGUAUACAUACAUACUACUAUCACGACAGGUCAGUAGAUAGCAAGGGUUAAUCGAAGAAGUGAGUUGUCAAUGAGCCGAUCAUGACGGAGUGGUACCAAGCGAAGAUUCUGCGUUUAUGCGAAUUGAAUAAUGUCGAGGAUAAAAAAGACAUUCUCACGGACAUAAAGAUCAAAUUUGGUACAUUGAACAACCGAGACGCCGAGCAGAUCGCCCGUAGCUUGGAUUACGGACCAUUCUACUCGCAGCUAACCUCGAACGACAGAGAAGUCAUAGAACAGAUAUGCGAUAUUUUGACCAUUUUAUUCAGCAUAUUGGAGCCUGGAGAAAUUUAUCAGAGAUAUUUAGUUGAAGUAUCUGCUUUAAUAACUAAUCCAAAUGCUAGCGUGAGAUUGCUCGUGCUACAGGAAUUUUUGCGCACAGCCUUGCAUCCACAAAAGAUAUUUCAGUUGCUCGCAGACACCACUCUUCUGAUUUCAAUUAUAAACAGAAUCAGCGAUAAUGACUUGAAUGUUGCCGAACGCGCAAUGAGCAUAGUAAAGAAAAUUGGAGAGAAUCCAAAUGGUUUGCACAUUCUGUAUAAGGGUGAGCUUUUGAGAACAUUUGCCAGGCUGCUGCAGAACGAUACCAUUAGCUUUCGUGUUUACGAAGUGAUUGUGGAUAUAGCCAAGACAUCUCAGGAAGCUCUAGAAGUAUCAGCUCAAUCAGGCUUUCUCAACAGUUUAAUCAACAUAUUAGAUAAUGAAGAUAUGUUGCUUCAAUUGAAUGCUCUAGAGAUACUAACUCAGUUAGCCCUGUUCGAGGAGGGUCUAAGUUAUCUGGAGCAGCAAGAGGUGUUGAGCAAGUUAGUUCAGAAAAUAUCACAAGUUAACGAGAAUCCCUUGUCGAAUCUCUUGAUCCCUGGACUGAUGAAAUUCUUUGGUAACGUCGCGCGUCACUGGCCCAACGAGCUAUUCUCCAAGUAUCCCGUGAUAAUUUCCGCACUUUUUGACGUGAUAGACAGCGGGGAUCAGAAUAUCCUGGGAUCUGCCUUGGAUACUCUGGGAUUCGUUGCUGCGGGCGUCGAAGGCAAGUAUGCAUUGCAAGCUCUAGGGGAUGCAAUGCCGAGUGCUCUGAAGAAAAUUGCUGAGAUAGUACAGAGAAUGCCUACUGCUUUAAGAAUUCGCGGCUUGAACAGCCUCGCUCUUAUACUCGAGGUCAAGAGAGUUGAGCAGGAUAAUAGAAUUUUAUCCCUAACAAAACUGUGGUUCGAUUCGCUGUGCGACGAUCCAUUGGGCAUGAUUGUGGCGAUAUGCAGACAACCGUUCGCCGAUAUUAGACAAGCCAGUUUGGAGGUAUUGGCGGUUAUUAGUUGUCAAGUAUGGGGGCAAGAAUACAUAUCCACGUAUCCUGGUUUAGUGGAGUUUUUAUUAGAUAGAAAUAUCGAAUCGUUUAAAGAAUGUAAAGACGUGAAGUAUGAAGUCGUGAAAUGUUUAUCUCAAGCGGAGCGAAAUAUAUUCGAUGCCGAAACUAUGCAGAAAUUCAAGCAGUUUGUUAACGAGGGUCCGUACUUUGUCGAUGUUAAUACAGAAGUUGCGAUAGAAGGUGCUUUGUAAGGAAUGGAAGAAUUAUUUUUCACAUUAUUUAUUAUUAAUGUUAAAGAUUAAAUUACGCAUACUAUUACAAUAACAUGAGCAACUUCAGUAACAAGAGAAAAAUAAAAUAUUUUGUUUUAUUCACACAGUAAAAAAGAACUAUUGAUUACCAUAAAGAGAGUGAACUUCAUUCACUGUGUUUGCAUUUAGUACAGAUAAGUUGCCGUUAUUGUAUAUUGUAUUUAGUCUUCUUUUUGGAGCAGUUCUUUUCAUUAACGAAACAUUAUCGAUAGUAUUUUAUAUACAAAGGGAAAUAAUUUAUUUUACAUCUAACAAUACACAGAGGAGUCUACAUUAUUACAUAUUCGAAAGAAUUCAAAUAAAUGGUAUUAAAAUACAUAUGGAAUAACGUGUUCACGAUAUUUUACCAUUGUUCUUCACAGAUUUUUAGAAUAUUUAUACAUAAUGUGUAAAUAAGAUAAUCAUAUAAAUAAUUGUACGGGUGUAUGACGUGCGUUAAAUAUAUUUUAAUUUCUAUUGUAUACGUUUUCGCUUUUUCGGUGAGACAAUCUUCAGCAUACUGACCACCGGUGCUUCAAAGGCAAUUGAGAUUACAAACGACAAUGCGUAUGAUAGCACUAACUGCCCCAAAAACAUUAUCAUCUAAAAAAUAAAAUGUUUUAUGACAAUUUGGCGUUAA